AUGCUUGGUAAUAUCCCCCUUGGUCUUGAAAUGUUUCUUACAGACAUCACACUUGAACUCUCUCAAGCCAGAGUGUCUGAAGAUGUGCUUGUUCAACACAUACAUACAAAAGAACCUCCUGCCACACUCUUGGCAUUCAUGAGGUCUUUCACCAGUGUGUGUAAGGGUGUGUGUGUUGAGGUCACUCUUCUGCCAAAACUUUUUGCCACACUCUUGGCAUUCAUGAGGUCUUUCACCAGUGUGUGUAAGGGUGUGUGUGUUGAGGGACUUUUUAGCACUGAACUUUUUGCCACACUCUUGGCAUUCAUGAGGUCUUUCACCAGUGUGUGUAAGGGUGUGUGUGUUGAGGUCACUCUUCUGCCUAAAAUUUUUGCCACACUCUUGGCAUUCAUGAGGUCUUUCACCAGUGUGUGUAAGGGUGUGUGUGUUGAGGGCACUCUUCAGGCUAAACUUUUUGCCACAGUCUUGGCAUUCAUGAGGUCUUUCACCAGUGUGUGUAAGGGUGUGUCUGUUGAGGUCACUCUUCAGGCUAAACUUUUUGCCACACUCUUGGCAUUCAUGAGGUCUUUCACCAGUGUGUGUAAGGGUGUGUCUGUUGAGGGCACUCUUCUGGCUAAACUUUUUGCCACACUCUUGGCAUUCAUGAGGUCUUUCACCAGUGUGUGUAAGGGCGUGUGUGUUGAGGUCACCCUUCUGGCUAAACUUUUUGCCACAGUCUUGGCAUUCAUGAGGUCUUUCACCAGUGUGUGUAAGGGUGUGUCUGUUGAGGGCACUCUUAACCCUGAACUUUUUGCCACAGUCUUGGCAUUCAUGAGGUCUUUCACCAGUGUGUGUAAGGGUGUGUCUGUUGAGGGCACUCUUAGCACUGAACUUUUUGCCACAGUCUUGGCAUUCAUGAGGUCUUUCACCAGUGUGUGUACGGGUGUGUGUGUUGAGGGCACUCUUAACACUGAACUUUUUGCCACACUCUUGGCAUUCAUGAGGUCUUCCUCCAGAGUGUGUGGGUGUGCUUGGUGAGGUCAGCCUUCCCAGGGAGUCUUUUCCCACACUCUUGGCGCUCAUGCUUUCCUUCAGCAGUGUGUGCAAGGCUGUGUCUGGUGGAGCUGUUCUGCCUCAAGGCUU